AACUGAACACUGGCGCACAGUUUUCACGCGCAAACACAAGUGAGAGAUGAUGACAUGACGCACGGAGAUUUAUCCUGCAGCUGAUACUGGCUUAAAUCCUUUUCAAGUCGAGUUGUUAAAGUCGCAGUGCGGUGCAUCCAUCCGUUUCCUGGUCCAAACUUGACGUCUAUCCGCUGUGGGCGCAAACUCCAUCACUUUUUUUUCUCUUCUUCUUCUUUCUCUUUGCUGGGAGUUGUGCCUCUGGCUUCAUCGGUAAGCGUUGGAUCCAUCGGCGUACUGCGAAACUCCGGUCUACAGUCCGGAUCUGUGCCCCAAUAUGAUUGCAACGCAAGCAAAGCUGGUUUACCAGCUCAAUAAAUAUUACAACGAAAGAAGCCAGGCGCGCAAAGCGGCCAUCGCCAAAACCAUUCGAGAGGUGUGUAAGGUGGUGUCGGACGUGCUGAAGGAGGUGGAGGUCCAGGAGCCCCGCUUCAUCAGCUCCCUGAGCGAGAUAGACGCGCGCUAUGAGGGCAUGGAGGUCAUCGCACCCAACGAGUUCGAGGUCGUGCUUUACCUGAACCAGAUGGGAGUCUUCAACUUCGUGGAUGACGGCUCUCUGCCGGGCUGCGCGGUGCUCAAACUCAGCGACGGCCGUAAGAGGAGCAUGUCCCUGUGGGUGGAGUUCAUCACCGCCUCCGGUUAUCUGUCGGCGCGGAAGAUCCGCUCCCGCUUCCAGACGCUGGUGGCCCAGGCAGUGGAUAAAUGCAGCUACCGGGACGUGGUUAAGAUGGUAGCGGACACGAGCGAAGUGAAACUGCGCAUUCGGGAGAGAUACGUGGUGCAAAUAACCCCGGCCUUCAAGUGCACGGGUAUCUGGCCUAGAAGUGCCGCUCAGUGGCCCAUGCCUCACAUCCCGUGGCCCGGGCCGAACCGGGUGGCGGAGGUGAAAGCAGAGGGGUUUAACCUCCUCUCUAAAGAGUGCUACUCGUUAACGGGCAAACAGAGCUCGGCGGAGAGCGACGCCUGGGUCUUGCAGUUCACCGAGGCCGAGAACAGGCUUCUGAUGUCGGGCUGUAGGAAGAAAUGUCUCUCUAUUUUAAAGACUCUCCGUGACCGACACAUCGAGCUGCCGGGACAGCCGCUCAAUAACUACCACAUGAAGACCCUGCUGCUGUACGAGUGCGAGAAACACCCGCGGGAGACCGACUGGGACGAGUCGUGCCUCGGCGACCGUCUGAACGGUAUUCUGCUGCAGCUCAUCUCCUGUCUGCAGUGCCGCCGGUGCCCACAUUACUUCUUACCCAAUCUAGACCUGUUUCAGGGCAAACCACACUCAGGCCUGGAGACAGCGGCCAAACAGACCUGGAGACUGGCGAGAGAAAUCCUCACCAACGCGAAAAGUUUGGAUAAACUGUGAGAUGCAAAAGGAAGACAUUUAUUUUAUUUCGGAGAAUGUUAACGAACGCUUGAGAUCGCAACACUGAAAGUGGAGAGAAUGUGAUCGUGAUGGUGCUCUCCGCGUAAUGAAACCAAGAACAUAAUAAGAUUAAAAUAAAACACGCCGAAGCAUUAGCCCAGGCUCAAACGGGACAUUGCAGGAGAGAGAAACGAAGGUACAUUUUAAACUAAGUGUAAUGAUAUUGUUGCUUUUAACUCUUUUCACAAAGUGAAAUUUGUAUUUAAAUAUAUGCACAAGAUCUUUAAUUGCGAAUUACAGAAUGUAGCGUGCCAUGGUCAAAUGCUUUCAUGAUGUGAUCAAAAACUGAAACGUGUAAUAAAAUCAUGACACGAUGGAAUUUAAACUUGGCAUUCGUCAUUACUCAAUUAAAAAACUCCUGACAU